AUCAAGCUGGGAGCUGCCCGACCUGCGUGAAGGAAGAGUAAAAGCCAUCAGCGACUCGGAUGGCGUGAGCUACCCCUGGUACGGAAACACCACAGAAACUGUCACCCUGGUCGGGCCCACCAACAAGAUCUCCAGGUUCUCAGUGAGCAUGAAUGACAAUUUCUACCCCAGCGUGACGUGGGCUGUCCCGGUGAGCAACAGUAACGUGCCGCUGCUGACCAGGAUUAAGAGAGACCAGAGCUUUACCACGUGGCUGGUGGCCAUGAACACCACCACCAAGGAAAAAAUCAUCUUGCAGACUAUAAAGUGGAGGAUGCGAGUGGACAUUGAGGUUGACCCCAUGCAGCUCCUGGGGCAGCGGGCACGACUGGUGGGAAGGACUCAGCAGGAGCAGCCCCGGAUCCUCAGCAGGAUGGAGCCCAUCCCACCAAACGCACUAGUGAAACCCAACGCCAACGAUGCCCAGGUCCUCAUGUGGAGACCCAAGCGAGGACAGCCGAUCGUCGUCAUACCUCCCAAGUAG